CGGAAGUCCACGUAAUUCGCGGUUUGCACUUUAUCCCUCUAGUUUCGGGGAUCUUCGCCGGAGAUCGGAACCUAAAACGGGAAGAAUCAGCCGGGAGAAAUGACCUCACUAGGUUUCAACCUCGGCUUCUCAUUCUCUACUGUACAAAUUCAGCAGCAUCGAAAAUUUUCUGGAAGUGGAAGCGCUCGCGUUAUCUCCUGUAACAGCUCUUCUUCUUCUUCUUCUCAAGCACCAUCUCCGCAGCAGGAGAUUUCUGCAGCAACGCCUCCUUUGAUCGAGCUCGAGUUCUUCGGUCCGAAGCCGGGGAGCGACGGGUCGUAUCCGGUGGAUAAAGCCAAGGCUGUGAGUGGUCAGAAGCUUAUGAGAAGUAUUAUGCAGGACAACAAAAUCGAACUCUAUGCUGCUUACGGUAAAGUGAUGAACUGUGGAGGUGGAGGAAGCUGUGGAACUUGUAUUGUGGAGAUACUAGAUGGCAGAGAUCUUCUGAACGAGAGAACAGAUACCGAAAACCGGUAUCUGAAAAAGAAGCCAGAAUCUUGGAGACUCGCAUGUCAAACAAUAGUAGGGAACAAACAAAACUCAGGAAAGGUUGUGGUGCAGCGGAUUCCGCAGUGGAAGAAGUAAAACAAUGUAAAGGGUUAUUCGUUCAUCAUAUUUAUGUGUAUAUAACACAUCUCCGUAUUGUAUGUUGUCUCAUAUGAAUGGAAGAUUCUUUUCGUAAAACAACUUUGCUUGAGUUCUUGAAUAUGUUCAACACCUACUUGUAAAGCAACUGUCUGUUACUAGACAAUAUUGGUUGGUUACAGAGAUAUGAUAAAUAGUAAAAUCAAAUAACAGGAA